AUGACGUCUAUUGCCUCCAUCUCGAGGAGGCUGUACACGGCAUCCACGGCUCUUGGGCUUUUCUUCGUCUUCUUCUCCUUCAUCAUCAAUUACGGCCGGGCGGAGCCCGGUAAAGGUGUCUUGGCCAAAUCGAUACUGCGCGUCGUCGCCAUCCUAGCUGUUGCAGCGACUUGCGCCGCCGAGGCCACCAUCGUCGUGCGACGUCAGUACCAACAUGAACGCGACUUGGGCACGCUCGACCAGGCGAUAUCUCUUGUCUUCUAUGCUCUAGCAUGGAGUUCCAUAUUGGCCCGAAGGUGGCUGCUGGUUGUUGACACCAGGGGCCUGUCCACCAUUUCCCUUGUAUUCGGACUGGUUCAGUUCCUUCUGGGGACCCUGCGUUCCCAGACCAUCUUGAGAGACGGAGAAAUAUUCUGCCUUCAAGCCGGCCGAUGGAUGGUCAGUGCGGCACUGUUUGUUGACAGCAUUGUUGCGCAGCCCAAAGGGUCGAGGAAGAGAGGAAUUGAUAGCGAGUCGACGCCGCUGCUGACCGAUGCUUCCAGCCAAGCUGCCUCGGACGCCAGCUAUCAUGGGACGGCGCAAGCUGGACAGUUUGAGUCAGAUACCGACUCUGACGGAGAAGGUGGCGAUGAAGAAGAUGACGGAGCCGAGGACUCGCAGACAGGCAAUCUGCGAAAGAGCGGUAGCUGGAUGCUCUACUUGCACAAUUUUCGCCUCUUCACCCCGUAUCUCGUGCCGAAAAACGAUCGCAAAGUCCAGCUGUGCAUUCUCCUGUGCAUCCUUACCCUGGUUGCUGAUCGCGUCAUGACGAUAGCAGUGCCGAAUCAGCUGGGCCUGGUUGCUGACAAGCUCAUCGCCGGAUCGCUUCCUUACAGGGACCUGGCAGUCUAUUUCUUGCUCAGCAUUCUGGCCGGAGGCACCGGAUCUGUCCUGCCCGUGAUCCGCGACCUUGCCAAAAUCCCCAUUGAGCAAUUUUCAUACCGGCAAUUGACCAACGCGGCCUUCAACCACGUCAUGGCUCUGACCAUGGAAUUCCAUUCCGACAGGGACUCUGCCGAAGUCAUGAAAGCUGUGGACCAGGGGCAGGCUCUGACCAAUGUGCUGCAGACUGCCAUUUUGGAAAUGCUGCCCACCAUACUCGACAUGCUUCUAGCAUUCGUGACCCUGUAUGUCAAGUUCAACUCGUCAGUGGCGCUGUGCAUGAUUGCCGCCUCUCUUUCCUACCUCGCCACCGAGGUGGUCACUUCAAGCUGGAACAUCGACAACAGACGAUUCAUGACCAAGGCCGAACGAAAGCAGAGCCGAGCCAUGCACCAAGCCGUCCAGGGAUGGCAGACAGUCUCUGCCUUCAACAUGUUCUCCUACGAAAAGCUCCGGUUCGGGGGCGCGGUCGACAAACACCUGGCCGCGGAACGGAGCUGGAAGAUUAGAGACCAUCUAACCGAGGCUAUACUCAACUCGCUGUCGCCCAUAACCUUUUACCUUUUGGCGCUGCUCGUGAUGCACGAGAUAUACGUCGGCCGCGCGUCUCCCGGCGACUUUGUCUUCCUGCUGCAAUACUGGGAGAAUCUGGUAUGGCCGCUCAAGUUCCUGUCGCACGAGUACCGCUACGUCAUGAAGGACCUCAUCGACGCCGAGCGGCUGCUGGACCUUUUGUCCACGGAGCCGACCAUCAAGGACAAGCACGGAGCCGCAAAUCUCGACCAGGUCCGAGGCCUGGUCGAAUUCCGCAACGUCGGCUUCAGCUACGACCAGAAACGCACCGCCAUUCAAGACGUCAGCAUAGUAGCUCAGCCCGGAGAAACGAUCGCCUUUGUCGGUGCCACGGGCGCGGGCAAAUCCACACUGACCAAGCUCCUGAUGCGCUACUACGACGUCACGCAGGGGAGCAUCCUCGUCGACGGACACGACAUCCGCGAUGUAACGCAGGGCUCGCUCAGGGACGCAAUCGGCGUAGUUUCCCAAGAUCCAUUGCUCUUCAACGCGUCCAUAUUCGAAAACCUCCGCUACGCCAAGCUAUCCGCUUCGGAUGAGGAAAUAUACGAAGCGUGCCGCGGGGCCGCCAUCCACGACAAGAUCCUGACCUUUACCGAGGGGUAUGACACCAGAGUCGGCGAGCAGGGCGUCAAGUUGUCGGGCGGAGAGGUCCAGCGCCUAGCCAUAGCCAGGGUGUUUCUCAAGAACCCGCCCAUCUUGAUCUUUGACGAAGCAACUAGUUCUGUGGACACCGAGACAGAGGUUGCUAUCCAAGAGGCACUGGGUAGACUGAGCCAUAAGCGGACGACGUUUGUGAUUGCGCAUCGGCUGUCUACGGUUGUGAGGGCGGAUCAGAUCCUGGUGGUGGAUGACGGAAAGGUUGUUGAGCGGGGGAGGCACGAGGAGCUGGUGAGGAUGGGGGGGAAGUAUGCUAGUUUAUGGCAGAAUCAGUUGGGAAGAAGGGAUGACGACAGUCUUGAAGGGAAGGAAUAA